GCCUCACACAUUUCCAGUUUGCCUUGUCUGCUUGUUCGUUCGCUCGUCUCUUGUGUCUCCGCCUUCGGCGUUCUUUCCACUCAGUUUUUUUCUCCAACAAAAAAAACCCCACGCAAAAUUUUCGAAUUUUCCCCGUGUUUUUUCGCCACGAAAACGAUCCUAGAUUUUUCGGCCAGUAUUUAUUUUGUUUAUUGUGAUCAAGGGAGCAAAAGGGAGGCGAAACAAAACAACAACCUGCCGAGUGUGAGGGAAAAUGUGAAUAAACACAAACAGCUGGAAGAUAAACCGACUUGGGCACAUUCCACGGAGCAGAGAACGGACCUCAAAUGACUGAAGUCGAUGUCGUUUUGCCGGAGGGCGUGGCCGAGCCCACGACAAAGCUUGCCAGCGCAUCAAGUUCCCCCAAACAGUCCAAAAACAGUCCAGAUGACGAUGAUGAAAAGUGUGAAAAGCGAGUGGUGGCCACAGAGAAGCUAGCGGAGGAGGAGGAGGAGGAGGUCAAAGAACAGGAGAAACCGCCUUCCAAGGAGAAACUUCAGCUCGACAAGGACAUCGCCAAAGAGGAUGUGGCCCAGGCCUCUCCACAAGCUCCUCCUCCAGCGCCCGAGGAGGAGAUAAUGGAGGUGGACGAGAGCGAGGAGAACGAGGUGGAGGAGCAUGAUGACGAGGACUCACAGAUCACCAGCACAAGCAGCUCCAAGGAGCCCAAGCUGGACGAAGAAGAGGAGGAGGAGGAGGAGCAGCAGGAGGAGGAGGAGGCCACCACAAAUGGAGACGGAGAUCAUGAGCCGGAGGAGGAGGAUGAGGCCGAGAAGAUCGGCAGCACGGCGGAGAACAGCUGCGAGGCCGAGGAUCCCCUGGGAGCGGCGACAGUCCAGGAGGAAGACCUCGUCAGCGGGAAGAAGCCACAAGCAGAUGGCGAGGAGAGCCUGCCCAGCGAAGCAGAGGAGCCCAAGAAGCAGGAGAAUGGCUUUGCCAGCAGCCCGAAGCAAAAGGAGAAUGGUCAGGCCAGUUUAGCAGAGGCCAAGGCGGCUGCUGCCUCCUCCGAUGGAGGAGCAGUGGUCAACCUGGACGAGGACAGUGACGAGGAAAUGGAGGAGGAGCCGGCCAAGCCCACCGAGACGGCAGCCAAACCGGCCUCCUCCUCCGCCAGCGGUGGCGAAUCCUCCGACGAUGCUGUGCUGAUAGCUUCCGAUUCGGAUACAGAGUCACCAGCUCCACCGCCGCCAGCUAAGAAACUCAAUCCAGUAGUUAAGGCCACGCCGCCGCCGCCAAUGCAGGAAGAUGAUGACGAUGACGACGACGAUGACUGCGUCGUGAUUGAGGAUGACACACCGCCAAGUAUUUCACCCAGCGGCAAGCGCAAGAGCGACCUGGAUGACCUGCAGCUGCAGCCGAGCCACAAGAGGCAGCGCAGUUCGACGCCCUCGGGAAUGGGACAGCUGACGAUCAAGGAUGCCCGCUCCCUGAUGCCACACGAUGGUAGCUCGACAGGCUCGGGACCACGGGAUAACAUCUAUCCGGUGACCAUAACGAAUGCUGUGACGGGAGCGGCCACCAAUCUGGGUGUUGUGCCACCCAAACUGGUUCCCAUGAGCGUGAACCCCGUGCAGCUGAAUCCCCCAACGCUAUCGCUCACCGGAGGACUGCCCAGCAUGACCAACAAUGCUAAUCUGCUGCCCGGUUUAACCGACGACAUGUUCGUCCUGGAGGCGCCCUCCUUCAUUGUGCCCUACAUCUACGAGAAGCCGCCGCACGAGAACAUUUGCGAGGUGGUCAAGGCCAUUGAGACCAAGUAUGCGCUGUCCGCCGAGGAUUUGGCCGAGGCGGACAAGGGCGACGAGUUCGACAUGAUGACGGAGCAGAACAAGGAGGACAAGCCAGCGGAUCAAGCGGCGUCCUCUUCUGCAGAUGGCAAGAAGAAAAAGAAAAAGCGCGGCGACGACGAAUCCUGGUCGGAGCAGUCGGACGAUGAUGAUGACGAAGACGAUGACGACGAUUCGGAGUCGGGCAUGCGCACCAAGGUGCUGAUCAAGGAGGCCAACGACGACCUGAGUGCCCUCAAAGUGGCCAUCAAACCCGCCGCCGCCUUGGCCACAGCGGGCGGAGUGGCUUUAAAUAACCCCGGUGGCAGUAAGCCAGGUCAGGAGAACUAUUUCGAGAGUCCCUUGGGCAAGUUCUUCAUGGACAUUGGCGUGGGUCUCGUCCAGGAAUACGUUCAGGCGGAUCUCCUGCGUCUGCAGAAGCGCAAGAUGCGCAAGGCACAGGUGCAAAAUUCCAAGGAAUUCGAGAUGGCCAUCAAUGCGCUGUCCGGCAAUCUGCAGGCCUCGAAAACGAAAAACGCACCCUUCAAGUUCCGCAUGAAGCGCUGCGAGUUCUGCAACUUCAAGUCCGAGUCCGCCAUGGCGAUGGCCAAUCACUACGAGACGCCGCACAUGAACGGAGUGCUGUACAAGUGCAAUUUCUGCACCUUCGAGAUCCGCAAUGCCACGGAAAUUGUCUACCACAUGGAGGCGGUGCAUAAUAUUAAGGCGCGCCUGAUAAAGCCACUGCCCUACCAUCAGUGUCCCAACUGUGGGUUCGAGGACAACGGCAAGGCGAAGCUGGCGCGCCAUCAGCCCGUGUGCGCCAAGAAGUUCCGGCCGGAGUUGAACUUGGCGCCGCCAAACGACUGGGAGGCACCGGCCAAGAUACCGCGCAUCAAGCCGCGUCACGGUCUUGUGGGCACCGCCACCGCCUAUCAGGCCAUGGCCGCGCAGGCGGCGGCACAAAAGGCCGCUCUGGCCAACAUCCAACAGCAGCAGGCGGCGGCGCAGGCCAGGAAUAAUCUGCAGGCAGCCGCGUUAGCCGCCCAGAAUGCGGCCAAGAUGCGACAGCGAGCCCCGCAGCCGCCCAAACAGAAUAUGGUGCGCAAUCCGGCGCCCGUGCGAGGAGGCAACUCGAUGAAUGCGGGUCUCUCGUUGCCCAACAGCUACCAGCUGGCUGCCGGUCAGCUUGUCCAGCAGGCCUCCAAGAAGCCAAUGGCCGGACAGCCCAGCAUCUCGAUAACGCCAUUACCUCGACAGAGCUCGGUGGGCGCCGGAGCGGGUGCGUCGUCCAGCAAGGCGCCCCAGGCGGCUGCAGGGAUGAAGCCCGGCCAGAGUCCCAGCGGCAACAACAAGGCGCAGUUUGUCAUCUGCGAGAUCUGCGAUGGCUACAUUAAGGAUCUGGAGCAGCUGCGCAACCACAUGCAAUGGAUGCACAAAGUGAAGAUUCAUCCCAAGAUGAUCUACAAUAGGCCACCAUUGAAUUGCCAAAAGUGUCAAUUCCGGUUCUUUACGGAUCAGGGAUUGGAGCGGCACUUGCUGGGCUCACAUGGCUUGGUCACAAGCUCCAUGCAGGAGGCUGCCAAUAAGGGCAAGGAUGCCGGACGCUGUCCAGUUUGUGGAAGGAUGUACCAAUGGAAGUUGCUGAAUCACGUGUCGCGCGAUCACCACAUGACCCUGAAGCCCGCCCAUCUGUCCUACAAGUGCACCGUCUGCACGGCGACCUUCGGCAUGUACAAACAGUUCGAGACGCACGUGUACACCGCCCACAGUACCGUGGCCAGGAAGGCGAUGGACAGCAAGAAGAACAGCGCGCAGUCCAGCGGGUCGGGAUCCGGAGCAGGGAUGUCGCGCAGUUCGUUGGGAGCGGCCAACGACUCGCUGCUAAAGCCGCUUAAGAUCAACGAUGAGAUCACCAUCAUACCACAGCCCGCAUCGAAGCCACGCAUCACAAAUAUGGAGAGUCAUGUCAUAGAUUAAAAUGAGCGUGUUGGAUCAACCAAAAACCUAAUCUCGCAAAAGUUUGCAGCAUUGACAGCGCUUUAACAUUAGUUUUGUUUUUAAGCCGAACGCGACCUUGCCGCCCAAGGUCACGCCCUUUUACUACUGUAAGUCGAAUUGUAUAAAGAGCAAGAUUAUAAAAGGAAACUGAAGCGGAUAAGGAAGAGAAAAAGGAGGAGCAGAGUGGAAGGCCGGAGUGUGUUGACCACCUGACCUGUGACCCCUGACUAAACUAGAGUAGCCCGUAUUUUGCUGCGGUUUAAUCACAAACAACCAACCAACACAUCCAGCUACAGGAUACGCGAUACACACAUAACGCUAACGGCAUAGAUACAGAUAGAGAUACUAGUUACGGAUUUUAGUUACAUACGUUUUUGGAGUGUGCACAUAAGUUGAAGUUGUAGCUACUACUAAAAUAUACCACAUACACCAUACAUAUAUAUAUUUAAUAAUUAUAUUUAAAGCAUAUUAUGAAGAAGCCGCCAGAGCGCAUCGUCAGCAUGAUGACUAUGUAAAUUAGUUAAAAACUAAACUAUUUAUACGAGAACUACGAGUAUCCAAAUGUGUGUUGCAGUAUGUAUAUACAUUUUGAAUAGGUCCCUCUGCCCCCCAAAGUAAUUGGCGUUCGGUUUCGCUUUCGUUUCGUUCUCCUCUCAAAUCUUCUAGCUUAUUUUUGCGCGUAGGCGAGAGAGUUACUCGAAUCGAAUCGAAACGAAACGAAGCGCACGGGGCAGAGGACUUUUCUACACUGAUCUGAGAGACGUUCGACAUUUUAAUUUUUGUGUACAAGUUUAAACUUAUAUUUAUAUUACACAUUAUCUAUUAAUAUUAAAGUAUAUAUCAUCUAUUACCAUCUAAGAUCCCCCAUGUACUACAGUUAUAAAGCAAAAACAACCACACACAACCAACAACAAACCAACAAACUGAAAAUGAGAAAAUUAAAAACCUAGUUAAUAUAAAAAA